UGGUUGUCAGGCCACACGAAUAAGAAGUGGGGGUUUGUGGGCUGAUAGGAGACAUCCAAUUACAGAAAAGAUAGGCGUGAUGUCACACUUUACUAGUCUUCCUGAUGGGGGUUGGUUUGACAAUCGGCUCUGCUAGUAAGAAGCAGGGUGACUGUACUGCUGAGCUGACUAGUACAUGCUGCAAUAGGGAGAGGUGUAUAUGCGACUGUGAAGAUGCUAUUGACAUUGCAGUGUGAUCCCGACAUGUCUUCUAUGGUAAUGAAUGCGGCUACAGAAAUCCCGAGAAAUAUGUGUGAAACGCCAGAGGAAGAUGUGUGUUUAAAAGAUAUACAUGUAACAGCAUCACAAGGAUCUAUAGAAGAAAACCGUGAGGAACAGCUGCAAAGCCAACAUAAAUCUAAUGAUGCAAGUCCUGAAGCAGUAUCUGUGGAUCAGCCAAAUGCCUCUACAGCUGACUUAAAAUUCUGGACUACGCAGAGGGAUGGUUGUGUGGAGCUGCGGACAGAAGAGUCUGGUGUAGCCAGUCUCCCUACAGUCACCAUUCACCAGUUAUUUGAAGAUUCUGUUCAGAAAUAUGGUGAUCAUGUUGCUCUGGCAACAAAACAUGGAGACCAGUGGAAUAAAUUAACUUACAAGCAAUACUAUGAACAGUGCAGGAUAGCAGCCAAAGGAUUUCUUAAGUUGGGCCUUCAAAGAUACCAUGGAGUUGGAAUCCUGGGAUUUAACUCUGCAGAGUGGUUCAUUUCUGACAUAGGAGCUAUACUUGCUGGAGGGUUUGCUGUGGGUAUCUACACAACAAAUUCUGCAGAGGCUUGUCAUUAUGUGGCAGAGAACUGUGAGGCCAACAUUCUGGUGGUGGAAAAUCAUAAACAACUGCAAAAAAUUCUUCAAAUUCAGGAUCAGCUUCCCCAUUUAAAGGCAAUUGUGCAAUACAAGGAUGAACUAAAAGAGAAGAGGCCCAACCUAUACACGUGGGCUGAAUUCAUGCAGCUUGGAAAAGAUGUCCCAGAUGCUGAACUGGACAAGAUUAUCUUGUCACAGAAGCCAAAUCAAUGCUGUACCUUGAUCUACACCUCUGGAACCACUGGACAGCCAAAGGGGGUUAUGCUAAGCCAUGAUAAUAUAACCUGGACCGCAACAGCAGCUGGAAAGACUAUACAUCUCAGGGAAGCCACUGACCAACAAGAAACAGUUGUUAGCUAUUUGCCACUUAGCCAUAUUGCCGCACAGAUGAUUGACAUCUGGCUCACUAUGAAGCAUGGUGGAGCCACGUAUUUUGCACAGCCAGAUGCUUUAAAGGGGUCACUAGCAAACACUUUGAGAGAAGUAAGACCAACAGCCUUCAUGGGUGUUCCUCGGGUAUGGGAAAAAAUGCAAGAGAAAAUGAAGGCUGUUGGGGCCAAGUCUUCAACGAUCAAGCGCAAGGUAGCCACUUGGGCAAAAGGUGUGGGCCUAGAAACCAACCUAAAGAGAAUGAGUGGUGCUUCUCCACAACCAAUGAAGUAUCAUGUGGCGAAAAAAUUGGUCUUUAAGAAAGUGCGCAAAGCUCUAGGACUGGAUCGCUGUUCAAAAUGUUACACAGGAGCGGCCCCCAUCACUAAAGACACCUUGGAGUUCUUCCUCAGUCUCAAUAUUCCAGUAUAUGAACUGUAUGGAAUGAGUGAGAGCUCGGGUCCCCAUACCAUCUCCCUGCCUGAUGCCUUCAGAAUCAUGAGCUGUGGGAAAGUAAUAUCUGGUUGUAAAACAAAAAUCUACAAACCAGAUAGUGAUGGCAGUGGAGAGAUCCUUUUCUGGGGACGCCAUGUCUUUAUGGGAUAUCUUAAUAUGGAAGAUAAGACAAAAGAAUCCUUGAACGAGGAGGGCUGGCUACAUUCAGGAGAUCUUGGGAAGCAUGAUGAGAAAGGAUUCCUGUUUAUCACUGGAAGGAUUAAAGAGCUGAUAAUUACUGCAGGUGGAGAAAAUAUCCCUCCUGUCCCCAUUGAAGAUGCAAUAAAGGAACAGAUACCAAUAAUAAGUAAUGCCAUGGUUAUUGGGGACAAAAAAAAAUUCCUGACAAUGCUGCUUACACUAAAGUGCAAUAUGAACCAAGACUCUGGAGAGCCAGAAGAUGAGCUGACUACAGAGGCAAUGGAGUUCUGCCAGAAAAUCGGAAGCAAAUCUGCGAAGGUGUCUGACAUUGUUGGGCAUAAAGACAAGUUGGUCUAUGCUGCAAUUCAAGAAGGUGUUAAUGCUGUAAAUGAGAGUUCCAAUUCAAAUGCACAGAAGGUUCAGAAGUGGCUCAUUCUGGACAAGGACUUUUCUAUUGCAGGAGGAGAGCUUGGUCCUACAAUGAAACUGAAGAGGCCAGUAGUGUCUAAAAUGUACAAAGAGCAAAUUGAUGGCUUUUACCUGGAUGCUGUAACCCCUUCUGACCACUCCAUUCCAACCAAGUAGAAAAGUUUACAGUCAUAGUCUUGUAAAGGGCAGUGGAAGGCUCUUGGCAGAAGCGCAUGAAGAAAACAUGGUGUAAAUAUUUUCUGUAAUUUAAAUAUAGGUAAUGGGUCCACACCUUUCCAUCCAGUAUCAUCUCGCCUUGUCUGUGUGUGUGUGUUCUGGCUAUUUUGUCUUAUCAGUGGGAGUGCACAUUAUAUAUUGGUGGAAGGGCAGAAUUGGUUCUAUUUUAUAAGUGCCUCCUGACUUAAGAGGUUAAAAAGCUCACUGGGUCUGAAAUGCCUUUUUGCUUGAGCAGGUUGCUGUUUACUGGCUGUCUGCAUUGUAUUUCUCAGUCUAAUUGCAUUUGGCGUGCGUGUAAAUAACAUGCGUAUGAAGGGAAGAUGAGCCAAAUUUUGAACUGGGUGCAAUCAGACUAGCUUUGGAUUCUGAUCCCAUGCACCAAAAAAGAUGUAAAGUGUAAAUGUGAAUAAGGAAUAUGAAUGUUUUGAUAACCUAAUGUAUAAAACUAUAAGUAAUUAAUUUAUUUUGUAAACUUUUGUUUUGUAAUUUUUUUUUUUUUUUUGGAGAAGCAGAGUGACUGUUUACGUAAGCUGUUCAUGCCCUCUUUCUACUGGCGUUUGACUUCAGUCAAUGCAAACUGUGCUGUAGAAGUGCUAAUUUGUGAAUCCGAAGUGGUUUUGGAUCUUAUAUGAGCAGGUUCGUUAAUCCCCCAAAUGUUAAUCCUUGUGUCUUUUCCCACAUGUUUUUUUGACGGGAUACAAUACCCAUCAUGCUGGGCAAUAAAAAAAUAAAUACAUUUAAGUCCAAUUGGGCAUUUCUGACUGUCCAAGGGUGCUCUUUUGGAGAUGACAAUGUAACAAUUCCUCAUCUUUGGAAGCCUGUACCCACAACCAGGUGUAGUCCUUGUACAGUCCAUUGAAUCCUGUUCCCCCUGUUUGCAGAGCUUAAUAUACAGUAAAGAUACCCUGGCAGAGAUGAAAAGGUUUUGUACAAGACCUUGGACCAGCUAGUCAAUUUGUACUGUGCAUCAUGUGCCCAGACAGCUCAAAGGGAAAAGAUAAAUGUACUUGUGACUGAUCAUUUCAAAGACAGGGCAGGUUUUCUGCACCACAGCAAAAUUUGUCAUCUUGCUGUGCAAAUGCCUUAAUGGCUUUGAUACGUUUUGUAACCAGCAUUAGGAAGACUUUCAUAAUAAUCACUGUUUUGACCGUUCCCCAAUUGAAAAAUGUUUGCCAGUUUUUGAAGUACAUGCUCUGUUUCCAUUAAAUCUGCUGCAGUUUUCAGAGUACCAUAAUUGAUGUAAUCUUGUGCGCAACAAAAAAAAAAUCUGUACCACAAAUCUGUUAGCAUUGUUCUGUUUUUAAAAUAUGUCAAAUUUUAAGAGUUUGGAUUAAUAGACUGCUCUGCACUACCAAAAUAAGAGGUGUAGCAGACUAUUUUCAUGUCUAAGCAUAAAGCUGCAAUUUUCUGUUUAGCGGGUCAUAUCAUUCCAAUAGGAUCUUAAUUUAUUGUUAAUGCACUAGUUGACACGUGUUUCUAUAACCAAUGUAGAACAGAGUGUAAAUGCUGAUCUUUGUUUCUUGUACCUCCCUGCUGAAUAAAUAUCCAAUAAACUGAUUUUUUUUUUUUUGUCAUAA